CCACGCAAUCACUGGACCACACCCACAGACCCUCCCCUUACCACACAUGGCGGGCGUAGGUCCAUCAAGAGGUAGAUCUGGAACUCCUUCGGCUAUUCCUCAUCUCCAAUCCUCUUCUGACAGAGGAGAUGAGACUGGGAGCUCGUGUAUCUCCAGUCUCCGCCAGUGUAGGAAACUAUUGAGGAGCCUAAAGAAGCGCUCCGUUUUGAAAAGAAAGAUAGCCUCAAGGAAGAGUGGUAUGAGUCAUCUUCGGUAUAUUCUCAAGCUCUCCUCUCAAAGGGAAUUUGAAAUGAAUGAUAAUCACAAGUUUUUAAUAAAUCCGAAAAGACACAGAGUGACCCAGUCUAAGCCAAAGAUCAAAGAAUCUGCUGCUACAAAGGAGAAUGGUGAGGAUCAAACGUUUAAAGGCUCAGAUGUAUUUCUUAAGGGUACACAAAGUGCCAAUCCUCACAACGACUAUUCUCAGCACUUUGUUGAUACCGGCCAGAGACCACAGAACUUCAUAAGAGACACUGGAAUGAAUCAAAGGUUUGAAGAAUACCCUAAGCUAAAGGAACUCAUCAGACUAAAGGAUAAACAGAUCAAAGAUGGUGCUAUUCCUCCAGUCUAUUACAAGGUUGAUUUAUCGUCGUUUGAUUUGACCAGUUUAGAUGCAAAAUUCGACGUUAUACUGAUAGACCCUCCUCUUGAAGAAUAUCAGAGAAGAACCACCGGGAUUACCUACCCCUGGCAACCAUGGGAUUUUGAAGAGAUAAUGAAUUUAAAGAUUGAAGAUGUGUCUGCUCCAAGAUCAUUUGUGUUCUUGUGGUGUGGAUCUUGUGAGGGACUUGACUUAGGAAGAGAAUGUUUAAAGAAGUGGGGUUUCAGAAGAUGCGAGGACAUUUGUUGGGUAAAGACGAACAUGAACGACCCAGGGAACACAACCCACCUGGAACAGAAGUCGAUAUUCCAACACACCAAAGAGCACUGCCUGAUGGGUAUUAAAGGUACAGUGAGGAGGAAUCAAGAUGGACACUUCAUACAUGCCAACAUUGACCUGGACAUUAUCAUAUCUGAAGAGCCAGAGAUGGGUAAUAAUGAUAAGCCAGAGGAGAUAUUCCAUAUCAUUGAACACUUUUGUUUGGGUAGAAAGAGACUCCAUUUAUUCGGCAAUGAUGCCACUGUUAGACCAGGUUGGCUAACACUGGGCCCAAACCUCUCCAGUUCCAAUUAUCACAAAGAAUCAUAUCUUGCUAACUUCACUGACGAGAGUGGUGGCCCACUACUCAAAUUUGACGAGACCAUAGAAACACUUCGUCCAAAGACCCCGCCCCCUAAAGGGCGUGGCAUCGGCCGAGGGGGCCUCAAUGUGAACCCUGGGAUGGGCGGAGUCGGUCGAGGACGUGGCAGCUACACAUGACAUAUUAAUAAUUAUUCUUUUUUAAUUUUUAAAAACAAUAUUGAAUCGGAAAAAUUAUACCCCAAAAAA